AUGUCCAGCUCCAAUCUCGACAGCCGCAUGUCCUCACCCUCACGCUCCUCCUCCACCUCCUCCCCCGACACCACCACCACCACCACUCCACAAACCCACCUCACCAACACCGCCAUCCUUUCACCACCAGACUCGCAACACCGGACUAUGCCAGCGCCAACUACAGCUUCCACUUCCGCCUCCUCCACCUCAAUCGCAAACUCAAACGGCAAACGCCCCAUCCAAACCAUCUCUAACGGCAACGACGACAUGGACGAGUUAGCCGCCAUGGCGAAUGGGAAAGCUAGGCAGGAUAUGCCAGUGAGGACACACCAGGCGAGUGGAUUCCAGUGGCAGAGGGCCGAGGAUGAGCCGGGGUAUGGGUGGUUGAAUAAGAAGGCUGUUGAUGAGUUUUCGCGCGUCGCAGAGACCCUUCAGCAUAAGGAUUCAAUGAUCAAGAACCGCUAUGGUGACCCGUUCGAGGCUGUGGAGAAGGAGAAGGCGGUUUUGGCGAGUAUGAAGUGA